AUGGCCUCCUCAGCACGUUGGCGCGAGAUCCUCUCUGAGCUGACCAGGGAGCUGGAGCACCAAUCCGCAAGGUGCAUCAUCUGUGUUUUUGCAUGUGAGGCGCGUUCAUGUGUGCGCUAUGCCCUGCCAUACGCAGAGAGUGCAAGGUUGCGAGAACUCGAAGCGGAGAACAAGCGCUUGCAGGAGAGCUUCCGAAGCGCCUACCGAGCUGGCCAAGAGCCCCCCUGCAGCAGUUCAACGUAUCUCGAAGACGCCACCAAGGGUGUGGGCCCGAACUUUGCGUCCAUCGUUUCAACUCCUAGGGUGGACGAACUCUUUACGCAGGACCAUCCACGUAUUCAGAAGUCUUCCGUCUCCCUCAGCCUCCAGUGGGAUACUCACAGGUCGCACCUCCACAAGCCAGCCUAUAUCAUCGACCCAGAGAGUGCUUGGUAUGCCUCGGGCUGGCAAGGUGUGGUGGGUCUGGCUUUGGCUUGGGUGGCCGUUGUGACUCCGCUCCAAAUAGGGCUCCUGGACAUCCGGCUGAACCUGUUGUUUGUGACCGGCCUGUUCAUUGACGUUGUCUUCCUGGUGGAUUUGAUCCUUCAGUUUUUUGUCAUGAUCUCCGUGAACACGUUUCGCGGUCUCCAAAGGGAAGUGCGCUUGAGCAAGAUUGGCAUCCAUUACUUGAAGCGCUGGUUCCUCAUUGACUUCCUUGCCGUCAUACCGUGGGAUCUCAUAGGUUUCCUCCAAGAGGACUCAGAACAUUUAGGUGGUCUUCGGGUGGUCCGUGCCCUGUGGAUGCUGAAGAUGCUUCGUCUGAUCAAGCCGUCCAGGCUGAUCCACAAGAUCGAGAUUCCGUACUCCAUUCCCUACCAGCAGCAGCUUGCGCUUCUACGCUUUCUCUUUGCUUUGAUGUUUGUGUGUCACUGGCUGGCCUGUGUCUGGUCGAUGACGCUGAAAGUUGUUGACGAGGGUUAUCCCCGGUGGAUCGAUGACAUCCAAGCCGUAGAUGCAACCUUCGGCUUCGAGCAAAAUCAAUUUCUGCGCACCUACAUUGCCGCCUUCUACUUCUGCAGCUACACCAUGACAUCGGUUGGGUAUGGCGAUGUUGGCCCGCAGAAUAUCUUGGAACGCAUCGUCUGCACCAUGAUGGUAAUGCUUUCUGGCCUGUGUUGGGCCUACGUCAUUGGCCAAGUCUGUGCAAUUGUGGCUGACAUCGGUGAGGAAAGCCAAUCCUUCCGGCAGCGAAUGCACCACCUGAACAUGAUGAUGGAAGAGGAGCACCUUCCACACGAAUUGAAGAGUCGGGUGAGGCAAUUCUUCCUUCACAAUCGCGACCAGGCGAGGCAUUUAACGCAGCAAUCGCUCCUGGACGCUAUGAGCCCACAGCUGAAAGCAGAGGUUGCUACGGUCGUCAACUUCCCGUGGCUUGAACGUGUGACCUUCUUCAAUCGGUUCAUGCGACGGAUCGAGGAGCUGCAAGCCCAAGGAGUAUCCGUCGCGCCCUACCGGGCUUGCAUCGCGGACAUCGUGCGUCAUCUCAAGAGUGUGGCGUAUGCGCAAGGGGAGUUCCUGAGCGUGAUCCGCGUCCUGGGGAUUUUAUCCAAAGGCCUUGCUCUCCGCUCCAGCCGACUGGAACAUAAGGGUGCUGUGUGGGGCGAAGAUUUUGUCCUAUCCAACGUGGCCCUUGUACGCCCGGUGAAUGCCUAUGCCCUGACCUACCUAGAAGUUCUGUGUUUAUCCCGAGAAGACUUGAUGAGCGUGAUUGAGCAGCACAAUCUCACCUGCCCAAAACUCGGGCAGAUCGUACGUCGCUACUGCGUGCGCGUUGCUGUGCGUCGUGGCAUUCUCGCAGAAGCAAGACUGCGGUCCGCAGACGGUCAACGCAUUAGCUGUCCAGCAACUGUCGGAAAACAGGCCGCGUUUGGCUCCCUGGUUGCCGGACAAACCGGCCCCAAAGCCAAAGUGUCUCGGAACAUCAUUUGGCAGAUCGUAGCGCGACAGGCGCCGGAACCGAAGAAGGGUGCUCAGCAGAGCCAGCAGGCCAAAGACGAGAACCCAAAGAAGGGAGCAGAUCCGAAGCCGAAGGACGAAGGACAGCCUGCCCGACAGCAGCCAGCAGAGAAGGCGACAAAAAACCAAAAGGCCGACAAGUCUCAAAAAGAGCAGAAGUCGUCUGAAAAACCCACCGCCGAACAGAAGCAAAAUGAGACCGCUCCAAAGGAGCAGAAGCAGGCAGAAAAAGCCCAGACACAGCCAAAGGUAGCGGACAAGGCACCUGCGGAAAAGCAGCAAGGCAAGAACCAGAAAGAGCAGAAGCAAGCGGAGAAGCCUCAGCAGGAGCAGAAGGAGCAGAAGCAGCAAGACAAGGAUGGAAAGCAGCCAGACAAAAAGCCAGAUGUUAAGCAGCAAAACAAGAAGCAGAACGGGAAGCAGCUAGACAAGAAGCAGGACAACAAGCAGCAAGACAGGAUGCAGGAUGCCAAGCUGCAAGUCCAAAAGCAGGACCAAAGUCAAACGCAGCAAGGUUUACUUCAAGAUGAGCAGAAACUGCAAGCCGGCAAGUUGCAGAGAGAGGACCUGCCAUCGGAUGUUCCGCAGCUUCUAACGAAGGCCAGCAAGGACAGACUGCCAGUUCGGUCUCCCAUCAAUCCUGGCGAGGCGACUCCAGUGAUAGACAUGCUACAAGGCCAAAAGCAAGAGGAAAGGCCGUCCAAGAAGCGGAAGGAGCCCGAGAAAGAUUCGCGGCUCAGCAACACCGCCUGGGAGGAGUUUCUCAUGCUAGAUUCCAAAAGCGCAGCGCAGGCCCCACUCGCCCAGGAGCGAGGCCUGGCGAACCAGGAGCCGCUUGCGUCCUCGCUGCGGGCUCCACAGACUUUGGAAGAGAAGAGAGCGCAGCUGAAGGAGCAGUUGAUGGCAGAAGGUGUCCAUGUCAGCCCUGCGAGAGUAGAGAAGGAAGAAAAUCUGGAAACCAAGAUGCCUGCGAAUGCAAGGCAAACUCCAGAGAAGCCAAGCCAGACACAAAUGGCCAAAGACAUGCCAGACUUGCUCCAUUGCCAGGAAGAGAUUGCCGCGCGUGCUGGGAGGCCAACAGGCGGCCACCAGUACCCGUUGGACAAGCAUCAACGUCCUUCUCUUCUGGGCGAUGUCACGCUUGGAAGGUUGCGACCCGAGAACGCAAAAUCCACGCGAAUGCGCGUGGACUCGCCGCACCCGCACCCGGGGCAACGAGGAGGAGUUUUUCUUGAGGACACAGAUGGCGAGGAUGAUGAGAAUGAUGAGAAUGGUGAUGAGGAUGCGGAGUCAGAGGAUGACAGCAAGGGCGACGACGUGGAAGAGAAGCGGCGGCUGCUUAGAGAGAGGCAAGCCCAAAAAGUGGGUCGAACGCGAAGGAACCAGAAGACUCGCAUCGUUCGACGAUGCAACCCCGAUCCGGGCCCCAGCAAAGGCUGUGGAGACCCUCACUGCCAAGCCUGCAGCAAGAACCGCAAAGAUACGAAGAAGGCCAAUGACUGA